UCUAAAGAAGCAAAAAAAGCAAAGCGAAGCACGAGAAAUCAUCAGUCGGCAAGAGUUAACAAGCCAACCUUACAUCGCACUGUACAGUCGCUCGAUAUGGCGGUCCGCGUAGCUGUGGUAACUGGAGGAAACAAAGGUAUCGGCUUUGAAAUUGUCAAAGCUCUUUGCCAAAAAUUCGACGGUAAUGUUUAUCUGACAGCUCGCGACACAAAUCGCGGCUUGAGCGCCGUCGGUGAAUUGGAAAGCCAGGGUUUGAAACCGAAAUUUCACCAACUUGACGUCAACGACGACACGAGCGUCACGAAAUUCCGUGACUACUUGAAGAACGCAUAUGGUGGCCUCGACAUAUUGGUUAACAAUGCUGCUAUAGCGUUCAAAAAUGACGCUACGGAUCCUUUUGCAGUCCAAGCUGAAGAAACAGUACGAGUAAAUUAUUUCAGCUUGCGCAGAGUGUGUACUGCACUCUAUCCAUUGCUCAGACCACAUGCCCGAGUGGUUCUUGUUUCCAGCAGUGCUGGGCGUUUGUGCAACAUCACUGGCGAUGCAUUAAAGAAGAAGAUAGCCGAUCCAAACCUGACCGAGGAGGAAUUGGAUAACAUCAUGCGCGAAUUUGUCAACGCCGCCAAGUCCGGCACUCACUUGCAAGCUGGUUGGUCAGACUCGGCGUAUGUCGCGAGUAAAGUCGGAGUGUCCGCUUUGGCCGGUAUUCAUCAGGCAAUGUUUAACGCGGAUCCGCGCGAGGACAUCGCGGUGAACGCUGUACAUCCUGGUUACGUGGACACCGAUAUGACUAGCCACAAGGGCCACUUAAAGCCCGAGGAAGGGGCAGCUGCACCUGUUUACUGUGCUUUAUUACCAGAAAACACAGAGAUAAAGGGAAAGUAUAUUUGGUUCGAUAAAACAUUGUCCGACUGGAAGUAACAAGCAACGGACAAACCGAUAAGCUUAGUGAAUCCACUAAUCAUUCCUCUGCAGAACUUAACACGAACAAACAGAUAAAUAUAUUUUCUGUUGUUAUUUCUAUUACACUAUAUAUGUAUUCUAAACAUGACGCUCCUAUUGUACAAUUUAUUGUCAAGGAAAAAGUUAUUUCUGGGAAAGCACAUAACACGUAUGUAAAUGUAUUAAUUAGAAACUUUUUGUUUUUGAUACAUAGUUAAAUAAAGUUCUAUAUCGAAGAA